AAAACCUGGAACCCUCCCAAAUAUGGAGCACUGACUGCAGUAAAAAGAGCUGUUGUCAGUUUCACUCUUUGUAAAAUGUCCCUGAACCUUGAACCUGUUUAUAACAAUGACAGAGGUGUGGCUUUUACCUGUAUUUGCGCCUUAAACUCAAUUGGGCGGUUGAUGAUCAGCCAUUAGGCUGUAGGGCUUGACUGAGAUUCAGGCUUCAAUUUUCUACCACCACUCGGUACAGUCAGGAUGGGGACUAUUGAUUCCAUAUUGUUUUUAAUCAUCUUAUGCUGUUAUUGUUUCAAGAACACAGGAGGCAACCCCAUUGACACAUCGGUUCUAAACUGUGAUGUGGGGAGCAAUAAAGAAUUGGGACCUGUGGAUGAAGGAUACAAUGGAGCUGUGGAAGAAUUUACCGGAGUCCUGGCGGAGCACAACGUGCAACUAGUCGACUAUUUGUUUCCUUCACAUAUACAGUUCUUGGAACUGAUGGUUUUCCCAGAGAACUCAACGGCUACCGUGUACUCUAAAUCCAAGUUAGAUGCAGACGCCUUAAAUGAGACCCGGGGUAGACUGUAUUAUUCUCUCAGAUGCUCAAACAGCAUCGAAAACACAAGGAUUCUCUUGAUUACCGACUUGAAUGACAACCCUCCUGUUUUCAAUCCCACGGCAUUCAGCGCAACGGUAUCUGAGAGUCUGGCUGUGAACUCGGCAGUAAUCCAGGUACACGCCACAGAUGCAGACGCCACACCGGCAAACAACAGGAUUACAUAUUCCAUAAUGCCCCCCGUCCCCAGUGAGUUUGAGAUUACAUUUGACGGAACGAUCGUUUUGAAAAAACGCCUUAACUACAACGUAGCCACUGGCUACAGUUUCAUGGUGGAAGCCCGGGAUAACGGGGGUCUUGCAGACACAGCACCUGUCACUAUUACAGUGGAAGACUUCGACAACAUGAAUCCCUAUUUUAAUCAAAUUCUUUAUCAUGCCGUCAUUCGGGAACACGAGGCUGGAGAGUUUCUGAGCAUCCAGCCUGAAGCAAUAGAGGCCAGAGAUGGGGACACUGGGAUAAACCAGCCCAUAAUCUAUAGCAUCAGUGCAGUCUCCCCAAGUGACUACACAAGCUCCUUCACCAUUGACGCUGUCAGUGGCAUCAUCACCGUGGUGAACAGUCUGGACAGGGAGGAGGUUUCCAUGGUGACUGUGAACAUCAAGGCAGCUCAGAGCGAUGACAGCCUCAAGACGGCACAAGCGGUGGUGUCUGUGACGGUCGAGGACGUGAACGACAACGUGCCGGAGUUUGACCAAAGCAGAUAUUCCGCCAUCAUCCUGGAGAACACCCCCGACGGCUCCUUUGUGCUGAGAGCCGGAGUCACGGACCGAGACGAAGGGGGGUUCGACGGAACGCUCAGGAUCAUUCCGGAUUCUGCGCCGUUCUCUAUAAGCCCCAACGGAACUGUGCAGGUGAAGAAUUCCACUGACCUGGACAGAGAGGAGACUCCCAGAUUCUCCUUACAGGUGGUGGCAGUUGACUCCCCCACCAAUGGACUGAGUGCUACAGCCCAGCUCAACAUCACCGUCCUGGACGUCAAUGACAACAACCCCCAGUUCCUGCCCCUCCCGGACCCCAUCCUCAUCCCUGAGGGGAACUACUCCGCCCAGAACCCGCGGGACGUCUGCCGAAUUUCUGCCACCGACCUCGACCAGGGCGACAACGGCAAGGUCACCCUGUCCCUGUCCAAUCCCAGCGCCCUGUUCCAGUUCAGGGAGGACAGGACGCUCCUUGCUGUGGGCCCCCUGGACCGGGAAGCGAAGGACGCCUAUGAGCUGGAAAUAAUAGCUUCUGAUCACGGCACGCCACAGAGAAUGAACGUUACUCACAUCACGGUCACCAUCACAGACGUUAACGAUAACGACCCAGAGUUCAGCCAGACCACCUACUCCCGGGACAUCCUGGUGAAGGAUGCCAAAGAGGGGGACCUGGUGCUUACACUGUCCGCUACGGACAAGGACGCCGGAAAUAACUCUCUCAUCACAUACAGUUUCCCUGCAGGCUCUCCUCUCCUGAAGCUCAACAGUGAGACGGGUGAGAUCACCGUGACCUCUGACCUUUUGGAGAUCACAAAGGACACCACGCUUAAGCUCAGUGCCCUGGCACAGGACCACGGGGAGCCCCAGCGCACCUCCACAGCCACUGUCCUGGUCUACCUUUUCAGACCAGGCAUGGACUUCGAGAGCUCCGUCUACAAUUUCACCGUAGCGGAGAACGAGCCGAAGGGCACGCGGGUGGGCGUGGUCAAGGCCUUCAUGGGCAACUCCUCAGUCCAGGUCACCUACACACUGAGGUCGCACGGGGAUGUGUUCUCUGUGGAUGAGCAGGGCGUGGUCAGCACGCUCCGCCCCCUGGAUAAGGAGACGCAGGAGUGGUACACCAUGGCAGUGGAGGCCAUCGACUCCAGGACUCCGCCCAACACUGCCGUCGCCAUGGUGUCGGUCCAGGUGGAAGACGUUAACGAGGCGCCUGAGUUUACCAGCUCAAGCUACUCCGCCAAGAUCUUCAGCAUUGUUCCAUACAAAUACCCCAUUGUGCAAGUGGAGGCCACAGACCAGGACGCUGGGCAGACCGGGCAGCUGGUAUACAGCCUGGCGGAAAACAGCUUGCUGUUCGAUGUGGAGCCCUCCUCUGGACUGGUGUACGUGGUGUCUGUGGAGGGCCAGGCGGGAGAGAGGUCCCUCAAAGUGAAAACCACAGACCCCCAGGGCCUUAGUGCCACUGCAGACGUAAAGGUGAUGAUCCAGGAGAGCAAAACCAAUGGCGCUGUGGUCAUCUCUCUAAACCGACCUUUCAGUAUGGUAAACGAGAACGUCCAUGACAUGGAGAGGUCCUUGGGGCUGGCACUGAACUGGACAGUGACAGUCAUCAGCAUCGUGAGUGCAAACAGCGCUGUGGGUGGAGUCAGGAAUUCCAGGGACAACGUCAAGACAUACGUCACCUUCUUCGCCGUCGGCAAUGCCGGCACAAUUGUUCCUGCUAAAGACGUCGGAAGGAAGCUGGAGAGCGAGAGGGAACCUGUGAUGGCCGAGCUGACGAAGGUGUUUGGAGAGGGCUUGGAAUACACCGUGGAGACAGAGCCUGGUGUUCAAGAUUCCUCCCAACAGACGGCCAUUAUCGUUCUAAGCGUGCUCUUGGCAGUCUCGGUACUGCUGCUGGUCUUGGUUCUCAAACGGUCAACUUCGAUGAUGACGCUGGUUAACUUCAGAAAAAAUAGGCAAACCGACCACCAGAUGAGCAAUAUCAAUGCAACCUCAAAAUGCUACGAUGAAACAACAAGCCCGACCCAGAACACUGUGGACUCAUCGCUGCAAGCGAAUGUUCAGGAAAGUGCUAUAUAAAUGCAGUGAUUUAUUCAUCGUGUUAAAACUGUCUUUCAUACGGUGAAUCAGCUGUUACACAUGUUAUACAUGCUUAAUAUAUAGCUGUAGGCGUAAUCAACAUGAAACGCGCAUACAGUGCCUUCGGAAAGUAUUCAGACAGCCCGCUUGGAGUUUGCCAAAAUGCACCUAAAGGAUUCUCAGACCACGUCUGGAGGAAACCAGGCACCGCUCAUCACCUGACCAUUACCAUCCCUACGGUGAAGCAUGGUGGUGGCAGCUUCAUGCUGUGGGGAUGUUUUUCAGCGGCAGGAACUGGGAGACUAGUUAGGAUUGAGGGAAAGAUGAACGGACCUCAGACCACAGCGAAGGUUCACCUUCCAACAGGACGACGACCAUAAGCACACAGCCAAGACAACGCAGGAGUGGCUUCAGGACAGGUCUGCGAACGUCCUUGAGUGGCCCAGCCAGAGCCCAGAAUUUAACCCGAUCGAACAUCUCUGGAGAGACCUGAAAAUAGCUGUGCAGCAACGCUCCCCCCAUCCAACCUGACAGAGCUUGAGAGGACCUAAGGAGAAGAAUCUGAGAAAUAUGUGCGCUGAAGUCCUUUAGCUAACAUUACCUUGAUCUCAAACAGAAUGCAUGCAAUGCAAUGCAAUGCUUGAAAGCCUGUGUGGUGCACGAAAGAAAGCAAAAGAUUUUGUCAAUAUUAUUUUUAUAUUAUUUUAUUAUUU